AUAAAUAUUGAAAUUAAAAGACACAGAAAAUAAGGUUAAAAAAAGGGAGGAGGAGGAGGAGAGAGAGAGAGAGAGAGAGAGAGAGAAGGACGCCGCUUUUUCUUUUAUUCACAAUAUAUAGAUAGAUGGCCAGCAGCACAUAUCGCGAGCACCAGCGGUGUAGUGCCGGUAUAUAUAUGUCCUUAUCCCCCACAUAGGCAAACUUGUUUAUUUUGGCUACAUGUGGUGAUCUGGGGGUAACGGCUACUUUUGAUGGUAGUGGAGUGAGGAGGAAGGGAGAGAGACUGAUAUUCCGGCACUGUUCAAGGGAAGCGACUGUCAUGGAUUACAAUAAUGAGAAUAACCAGCCAUGGGAUUGGCAACGGGAGGAUUACUGUCUCCAAAAGGACACUGAUUUUGAGAUACCCGAGUGCUUGUGGAAUGAAGAAGAUAUUUCUUACAUGUUUGAUGAAACAACCCCAGUUAAGGCUUGUGGGGAUCUGGCAUAUAAUGUUACUCAUGGUGGCAAUGUAGACAAGGAGCUAGAAGAUCGUAGGGAGACUGGUUCCCAAGUAAAAAGGCGUCGAAUGCUACAGUUUGACUCUCAAUCGGUAGAUUCCUCUCUUUGCCGCAAAGAUGUGAUAUCAUCAGAAUUCCUAAAAGCAAAUGAGCGCAAGGAAUCACUUGAAGAAAUUUUUCAUGAAGGAUCACAGUGGAUGCCUGGGUUUCCAGAAGAUACAUCUGCUUCCAGUUAUGAGGGUCUUGAUCAAUCAUCUGAAGGAUGGCUUGCUGAGUGCUUAAAUGAUGCCGAGAUGCAAUUCAGUCCAGAUGAUAUGAACUUCACUGGGGCAUCUGAUAUUCAAAUUGACGUUUCAGGGUUCUGGAAUGAUCCCCCUGAGUCUGAAGCCAGUGUGGUUCAGCAGCAUGUUUCCCGAACUCCUCGAAAUGUUGUCUUCAAAGGGAAGAAGUCUUUUAUUCGCACCCCAACCAAGUUAGCCUCUUCUGUUGUCUAUCCGUUCGCAUUUAUUAAACCCACUGGGGUCCAUGGAGAUGUCACUCUUAAGGACAUUAAUCAACGGAUCCGCACUCCUCCACCAUCAAAAUCAAAGCAAAAUGAGGAAGAUCCUUCUGCUUACCCAACUUCAGCCUUUUCUGGGAAGCCAGUGGUUGGCAAAACAAAGAUUCGCACUGAAGGUGGAAAGGGAAGCAUCACAAUUAUGAGGACAAAAGGUUGAGUGGGUAAUUGUUCUUUCUUUUUGUGGCCCUCUCAUAUUAGUCCAUUCUAAUGUGGGUUUGAGUAUAUCCUUUGUACUACUCAAGGGCCUGCUAGUAUAAAAGUUGAUACUGCUUUCUUUGUCCCUGUUCUUGGAACUCAUAUAUCACAGUUGAAGUGUUAAUGAUUCCAAGUGGUAUUGUAGUUGCCUAAUAGCUUUUGUUUUAUACAUGGUGACUCUGCUGCUAGACUAUAUGAAAAAAAUCAUGUCUGAGAUCCAACCUAUAUGCUCUUUCAACUUGAAAAAGAAUCUGCUGGAUCCUUUCUCUGUAUUCAUGUUAAUAUGUAGAGCUUGUCUCCAGGGAGUCUUUUUCAGAUGAUGUAUAAAGGACAAGAUUGUGUUAGACAUUUUAUGCAUAUGAAGGCAUAAUCUAUUUUUCCAA